AUGGCCCCGAUAUCCCCUGGGUUUCAACUUGCGCCUUCGCGCAGGGCGAAGAAACAGACCACUUCGACAAACCUGCAUCGAUACGAAUCGUUCAGUAGGCGCAUAGCCAGGUUGAAGAUUGACCCUGUCCAUACUGUCGAGAGAAGGAAGCCUGCAGAAGACGACGCCGACAUAUUGCAGAGUUUCUUUCGGACAGCCUUGGAAGAGUGGGCGGAGCUGAAUUUGUCGCAGACCUUCACGAGCUUCCUCAAUAAAGCCAGUCCUCUAUCCGAAACCCUACCGCAAUUGCUCCACCACGCUGACACUGUUUUCAAUCUUCUGGCCGAGCAUAUUGAGAAGAAUGACGAACUUGCCCUCGAACCGCUCCUCAGCCUCCUUGCACAUCUCGCCCAUGACUUGGGUCAAGGUUUCGAACGAUAUUUCUCAAGGACAGUGGAGUUGGUCGCACGAGUCGCAGCGGCUCAGGAUAAGGCAGAUGUCAUUGAGUGGUGCUUUACAUGCCUGGCAUGGAUGUUCAAGUACCUGGCGAAAUUGCUUGUCCGAGAUCUGCGGCCUCUGCUUGAUAUCAUGACGCCGUACCUUUCGUCCAAGAAGGAUUACAUUGUCCGGUUCAGCGCAGAAUCACUGGCUUUUCUGCUUAGGAAAGCGGCGGUCCUGUAUCAGAAGAAGAGAGGCCCCUUGAGUGUCGCCAUCAAGCACCUUCUCGAGGCAUUACCACAGGACAACACAUCCCCACCGUACAGCCCGUAUCAGCUGGGUGUCAUGAGUCUCUGUGUCGACAGUGCUCGCGGACUCGAUGGACAGCUUCAUUCGUGCUCCGCAUCGCUGGUUCGCUGUGUGUUGGAUACCGCUCUCGCAAUGAGCGACCCGUCUCAAAUCCAACCAACUGUGGAAGGCAUCAUGAUUGGCCUCAUUCAUGAGACGGACAGCAGCUCGUUUCGUCCCGUCUUAGAAGUGCUCCUGGAGGCUAUACAGCGUUGCGCCUCAUCCAAGGAGGCCAACCAUGUCUCUCUCUCCGUCAGACUCGUCCUAGUGCUCCUGGGGACGCGAAAAGGUUCGAGGAUAUCUGGGUGGGCUGAUGUUAUUCAGACUUUCCAGACUCUGGCAGACGCUGCGCGGCAGCUAAUUGAUGAGCUGCCUCUGAUUCACUCGACCCUGGCCACUAUCACGGCGGAGAUCCUUCAGUAUGCUCCCAUGGACCAACUGUUGCCAUUCUCACAAAAGCUGUUGGACACCGCAGCUGAACACCUUUCAGCCCGCGAGUAUUUUGCUUUCUCGGCACUGACUGCGGAGUUGGGAAAAGAAAGGUUCACUGAUCUUGUCCUUCCAAAAUUACAACAGUACAUCGUUGAUCAUUGGUCCGAUGAUGAGGUCAGCCUCUACUACACACUGGAAAGAUUGCGACAAGGGAACAUACGCAUUGGUGGAGCAGCGGCCGCUGGCUCGUUGUCUUGUCCUGCAGACUAUGAAGACUUCGCUGUUCUUCGGCUAGCAGCGGAGGGCGAGGCCGGGAAUCCGUCCACCAUACAACAACUUGCUGGGCGCCUCCGUCUAGCCAAGAACUCCCGUCUUUCUCGGAGCCCUGGAGUCACGGGAAGAGGUCGCGAUGCCUAUUACAAGCUACUAGGCGCAGCACUCGCCGAAGGAGGGAGCGAGCUCAACCUCUACCGGCGUACGAUCUUGGGCUGGGGAUUUGACUCGUACCUCGACCUUGUUUCCGACACCGACCACCAACUUGAGGGCCUUACAGGUCUUCUUCUGGAGACUCCCUCUGUCCAUUUCCGCCUAGAGCCUUUCGUUCAUGCGACAGUUCGCCUAUUUCGAAAGCAUGCCCCCGCUCAGAGCUCAAAGCAUCGAACCUUUGACAGCCUGCGACACCAUCUUAUCAAGAACCUACUGGCCAAUUCUCCUGGGUUGAAGAAAGAGUCUCUGCUUUUACUCUCCCUGGUCGAGGAAUCGGACGCAAAGCCAUGGCUCGUGGAAACGACUGAUCUGAUGGUUGAAAUUCUGGACACGCCAUACAAUCCUGCGGAAGUCCGCAAGAUUGCGAUGUUGCUCCGGAGACUUCCCCAGUUGCACAGAAAUAUGCCAGCAGAGUCUUCAUAUCAGGAUCUGAUUCCUUUCUACUGUCUCGGCAUGUUGUCAGCUUUCCAUGACAAGACGAGGAAGGAGUUGUGUAGUACACUGGCUCAGCUGGUAGAAACCUCAUCAACUGAAGAGGUGGUGGUUAAUGUUGCCAUGCAGUGGCUGCAGACACCCGUGGAUCCAGUCCAACCACAGCGGAAAGGUGAAGAACAGACCAAGCGGCACAUAUCGUCCUUUGAGUGCUCCCAUCUCGCUCAAGUGGAAUCCCUUUCCUCGUCGGUCCUGGUCGAUUUUCAGAACUCACACGACAGGUUUCUUACAAUGGUGGAGGCUGCGCAUCGACUCGAAAACGUGGCCUUACCACCAAAUGGUCGAACUCUAGCCUUGCAGGUAUUAGCAGCAAUACCAGCUAUGGCAGAGCGCCGUUCCCGUUUGCUGGUGCCCGUCUUCCUGGCUGCGCCUUUCAGCCGCGCGCAGUUGCCCGCAAAUCCGGACUCCGAUGCUUCUGUGUCUUCUCACACUUUGACUCCUGAGCUUGAUGAUCAGGCAUGGUCCCUCUCAGACCGUAAGGCGCUGUUGACUCUGUUCAGCAAGUUUGUUAAUCCACGGGUGCUUUUCAAGUCUCUGGAAGUUUACAGCAAGCUCAUCGAUCUCCUCAGUAACGGAAACGAUGACAUUCGGAAACUCGCAUUCCAAGCGGUCUUGACGUGGAAAGACCCAAUCGUCACACGGUACGAGGCUAAGCUAACGCAACUCGCCGAGGGCAAGUUAGCGUCUUCUGAUAUCAGCACGCUUCUGAGCUCGGACGAAGAGUCCGACUCGGUCAAAUCGGAGGAUCGUGAAGUCAUCCUUCCCAUUGCGCUCAGGCUGGUUUAUGGUACAAUUGUCGGCCGAGCAGGUACGCAAGGAGCACAAGACGCCCGGAGGAAGUCAUUGUUGCGCUCCCUCUUCCGACUAUCGAAGCAAGAGGUCGCCCUAUUCUUAGACGUCGCUCUUGGGAAGCUGAGAGAUCUCAAUAUCAAGGGAAACUCGCCUCAUCUAGCGACGCUUGACCAGGUCUUCGUCCCGGAAGAUCAGCAAUAUGGUUUCCUCCGAUUACUGUUGUCCAUGCUAGAAACUUCACAAAGCCAAUUCGCCGACUAUGGAGCACAAGUCGUCGACGCCGUCGUUUCUUGUAUCGUCAGAGCAUCCCAUCAGGGCCAAAGCCAGAUUGGUGCCAAUCCAACUCCCACGACCGCGCUAGCCCGAAGUAUCAGACGCACCGCGUUUCAAUGUCUUGUGCUACUGUUCGAACAUUGUCAGGACAUUGACUGGCCGCUCUAUCUGCCUGUGCUUUUUGCUGGCGGAAUUAGCCCACGUCUUGACAUAUUCGCGUCAGAGACGACUCAAGGCAUCUCAGGCCUGCUACGGCUGUUCGCUGUAUGGGCGCACUCCCACGACCUAGUCAUCUGCCUCGGAAAGUACGAUGCUCGAGUGCCAGAUGUACUUUGGCGAUCACUAGCUGCAGAACCCACUCCGAACACGGUGAAGGUUUUCAUUCUUACUGAAAUCAUCCUCCCUUGGGUUGAGCUCGCCGAAGACAGCUCCAUCACGCCAAACGAAGCUCAUGAUCUCCUUCAGACUGAAUCAGAUGGCUUGUUGAGAGCUCUCAUUUCCCUUCUAGAACCGACGCCGCCGAAAGACAUCCUUGCGGCAUUAACGGCGGUUUUGCCCAGAAUCGCGCCGUUCGCGAGGUCUUUGGAAUCUCGGGAAUCCACCGUGAAACUGUUGACUAGUUUGCUUUCGAAUGACGGCUUCAAGGUCGCUCCCAAUGUCAAAGGGCAACUCUUGCGCUCCAUCCAGGCUUUUUUGACUUCUGAAGACGCACUGGAGGAAGAGUUGCGCCAGCAGCUCCUUGCUUCAGUCUCUCCCUUGUUCAAUUAUUUCAAGGAUGAGACUAAUCGACAAAUUCUGUGCGAAGUCUUGGAGCGGCUGGCGGGUUCGUACGAGCUAUUGACUGAGGUAGCACACCUUUGCAAAGAUUUGAAUGCCGUGUCCUCCCAUCGACUUGACGAGCUUGACUACGACACUCGUCUGCGGGCUUUCCAUUCAGUCCAAGCUCUGGAUUUCGCCAACUUUGGUCAAAUGUGCCUCCCCCUUGUCUACAACCUGCUCUUUUUCGUGAGGACGGGGGAUGAUUUCUCAAUCAGGUCAAAUGCUUUGGGAUGCCUCAAACAAGUCAUCGCCAAGUGCUGUGACAGGGAGCACUCAGAAGUCAACAACAUGAUAGUCAGCUCUGUCCUGCCUGUCUUGAAGAAAAGCAUGCGACACGAAUCGGAGCUUGUGCGCGCAGAUUUUGUCGGUCUGCUCGGACUGCUUGUGCAGCAUGCUGGGGGGAAUGAAGACUUGACGAAUAUGACACCCCUGCUGGUCGGCAAUGAUGAGGAAGCAUCAUUUUUCUUGAACGUCCUGCAUAUCCAGCAACAUCGCAGACUUCGCGCGAUCAGGCGGCUUGUGUCGGAGGUUGAAAAGGGGGCAAUCAGUGUCAAAAACAUUGUGGACAUCUUCCUACCUUUGCUGGAGAUGUUUGCCCACGAAACCAAUACCGACGAGUCAGCUCAGAGCACUAAAGGUCAAGCCAUCGCCGCUAUCGGCACAGUCCUCCGCUGGCUCGACUGGAAGCAUUUCAAGACACUGUUCCGCAGGUACAAGAGUGACCUUGACUUGACCGACAACGAGCAGAAGUCAGCUAGCCGACUACUCGGGCAUGCUGCUGAUGCGCUGGUGUCCGCCAGCGCAAGUCGUUCCAGCCCGAACGAAGAAAGACCAGUGCAGCCACAGCUUCGUCUUGCAACAGCACUCCCAGAAAAAGGGGUAGUUGAGCAGGAACUGAGGACGCAGUUCAUUCCGAAACUGACAGAACUCAUUCAUUACAAAGAUGAGGCCGAGAUAAGCCUUCGACUGCCGAUUGCGGUCAUCACGGUCAAGCUCAUCACACUUUUGCCAGCAGGGGAGAUCCCGAUUGUCGCCUCACCAAUCAUACUCGACAUCGCCAAUGUACUCAGAAGCAGAGCUCAAGAAUCACGAGAUGCAGCACGUAAAGCGCUCUGCGAAAGCGUGCUUAUGCUGGGUCCCAACAGCCUACAAUUCGUUGUCAAGGAGCUGCGCACAGCCCUGACGAGGGGAUAUCAGUUGCAUGUCGUCUCUUAUACCCUGCACGCAAUCCUCGUGGCGCUCUCUCCUCACAGCAAACUCGGAGAUCUGGACUAUUGUGUCGAGGACCUUGUGCCGGUCAUCGUGGAUGAUAUCUUUGGCACUGUUGGGCAGGAGAAGGACAAUCAAGACUACAUCAGCAGCAUGAAGGAGGUCAAAAGCAGCAAGAGCUUUGAUUCCAUGGAACUUCUGGCUCGUUCAGUCAGCAUCGCAUCUGUGUCAAAAUUGGUCGCUCCGUUACAGACACUGCUGUCGGGAUCAUUGGCAACAAAACAGGUCCGACAGAUCGAAGAGCUACUACGAAGGAUCGGCAGUGGUGUGGCGCAAAACCCGUCGGCCAGCAAGCGUGAUAUCUUGACGUUUGCGUACCAGUUGAUCCAAGAUCUAUAUCGGCAAAAGACCCGCGGCAGAAUCCAAACACUGACAAGUGAAGAGAAGAACCGGCAGAGGUAUCUUAUCGAAAUUUCGUCUUUGCACAAGACAAGUGAGAGCAAGAACUCGACGUUGCUGUUUAAGCUUGCGAGAUUCGCGUUGGAUUUGGUGCGAUCUACGCUGCAGAGACAUGCCGAUGUUAUGACGACCGAGAAUGUGCAUGGGUUUCUUCCCAUUAUAGGUGAUGCUCUGGUCGAGGGCCAGGAGGACGUAAAGAUAUCGGCUCUGCGCCUGUUGUCUGCGAUCAUCAAGUUGCCAAUGCAGGAACUAGAGGACAAUGCCGCACUGUACCUGGGCGAGGCUGUCAAGGUUGUGAAGAACUCGACCGACACCAACGAAGAAGGGGCACAGGCUGCGCUGAAAUUGAUAGCAGCAGUUCUCCGCGAACGCAAGAACGUCAAGCUCAGAGACUCGGAUGUAGCGCAGCUUCUGCAUCGUGUCACCCCAGACAUUGAGGAACCCGAUCGACAAGGCGUUACGUUCAACUUCAUUCGAGCCGUCAUGGCGAGGAAGAUUCAAACGCCAGAGGUCUACGAGCUAGCAGACAAGAUUGGCAUCAUGAUGGUGACCAGUCAUACCAAAGGGGCCAGGGACGUGGCCAGAGGUGUAUUCGUGCACUUCCUGCUCGAGUAUCCACAAACUGCUUCUCGGUGGUCCAAGCAACAAAAGUUCCUUAUGAAGAACCUCGAGUACGAGUAUCCGGAAGGGCGGCAAUCAGUGUUGGAAGCAAUUAACACCUUGGUCGGCAAAAUGAAAGGAGAUACUGCGCAGGAGUUGAUAUCUGCGGUCUUUAUUCCUCUUCUUCUCCGGGUUGCUAAUGAUGAGAAUGAGGGAUGCCGACAACUUGCUGGUGCUUUGUUGGGCAGAAUCUUCGGCCUGGCAGACCGUACGCGCUUGAAUGAGGUACUACAACCUCUCAAUACCUGGGCCGGGCAGAACGAGAAUCCGGCGCUUCAGAAACUCAGCCUGCAGGCAUAUGGUAUCCUCUUGAACGCAGAUGUCAGUCUGAGCAAGGAUGAACUUGGUCAGAUUCGCAGCACCCUCUCCAACACGCUGGACAACCUCGACGUGUCCGACGAGGAUGAGUGGGAGCUCCCAUUUCAGGGGCUACUACUCCUGCAGAAAUUGGUCGAGUCCCACCCCGAAACGGUCCUGGACCGCAAGCAGACUCAUCUGUGGUCCUUUGUGUGGUCGAUCUUGGGUCACAGUAAUGCAUGGAUGCAGAGCACUUCGGCAAGUCUGUGCAUCCAAUUCUUCAGCCACUGUCUUUCGGGGGAUCGUUCCAAGCUUCCGCUGGCUUGUGAGUAUGGGAUGUCUAUGGAUUCACACGCGUUUCUCAAAGUCUUGAAGGCGAGCGUCCGCGUUCUACGGCGUACUGAAGGAAACGAGACUCUGAGUGCGCAAAUCGUGCAGAUACUCGGCUUCCUCGGCCAGUGCUUGGACCAAAACGGACUGUCGAUGGAGCUCAACCAGAAACUAGCUGAGAGCGAGGAGUCGGAGGUGGAUUCCGAGGUUGAGUCUAGUGACGAGAAGGCGAGGACACGAACAAUCUCCGGCGUCCAGUAUCUCCUCGAUCAACUCUCACGCAUUCUGCGGCUGGAAGCCAAUCGACUAUCUUCUGCAGCAUUCCUCCCCAAGAAGUCGGCAUUGCAGCUCCUUUCCAGCUUGCUGCCUGGCUUGUCGGAGGCCAACCUCCCCAAGUCGCAAAUCCACAAGAUCCUGCUCCCUCUUCAACACAUGACGGAUCCGAACACCAUCCCACCGCAAUCAGCAGAUCCCACAUUCUCGGCCACCUACCAGGGCCUGAUCGAACUGUCCCAUGAAGUCAUGGACAAGCUGCAGAAGAAGCUUGGAGAUACAGAGUACGUCAAAGCCUUGACCGAGGUCAGCAAGAUUGUACGCGAAAGGAGGGAGGCGAGAAGACAAAAACGCCGGAUCGAACGUGUUGCUGAGCCGGAGAGGGCGGCGAGGGACAAGAAGAGGAAGCACGAUCGGGCGAGGGAGCGCAAGAAGGAGAUUGGGAGGACGCAUCAGCGGAGAAGGAGGGAGAUUGGCAUGUGA